CCCCCGUUCGCCCCCCAUCGCUGCCGCUCACCACUGCUACUACCACCGCCGUCGCUGUUCGGGACAAACUUGUGGCCAAGCCUGACCCUCCUCCACGGAAAUUCCCCCAAAAUCAAAACCACCGCACUGGCAUCGUCUGCCAGUAAAGACGCCGUUGUGGCUCCAGCACCAGGCCCACACCCACGUCAUACUCGCACCAAACCUUCGACAACUGAUAUUAGUCCGCCCGACUCCACUCCUCCAUCACCGCCGCCGCCUUUGCCCAUGUCUCCUCGUCAAGACCGCAACAUGCCUCAAUCACCGCUUUCCCCCAGGAUGGAUUCUCUCGCCAUCCCCUCCCAGACUCGUCGCCGCCCGCCCAUGCACAACCGCAUGUCAUCCCAAGGCACUGCGGCUAGCUUGAGACUGCCAUCACUCCCCCGUUUCCAUCCUGCCAAUUUCACCUCAUCUCAGCAGUCCAGUUCCGCUGCGACCCCGACCACUGGCCCAAACUCGCCUCAACCACCACUCUCACCCCGCACCCACAACAGGCAGUACUCCGAGAUUCAACGCCAGAUGUAUGCCUAUCAACAACAGCUCCUCGCCAAUGCUACUCGUCAGGCUCGGGGUUCUAUCGCAAAACCUACCAGUCCUCGCCUGAAUCCUCUGGACAGCCCGGGACCCGUCACCCCGAUGGAGCUUGAGGGCGCCGACGGCUACCUCACCGCUGGCAUGAGAGUCCAGGAUUCCAACUCUCAUGUUGAUCACCUCAUACGUGAGGAAGCCCGUCGUCGUGGCGACAUUUCACCAGGCGGACGAACGGCUUCCGUUGGCGGCCGGUGACUACUCAACAACCAUCUUCUGCUCUUCUCAUACAGCAUUUCCUUGGGAAGCCAGCUGGGCUAAAACUGCAUUUUCCAAACUUCGGAUGGAGGGAGUCAUACUCUUCAUUAUUCUCCUCACUAAAUCUGGCAUCAUCGGCGUUUUAUAUCAUCAACAUCUCUCAUCUUCGGCAGUAGCACUACGAAAGGUUGCCUACGUUCUGCCCAUAUGCAUUCACUUGAUAUUCGAAAUCAUCCAGGAUCCUGGGCGAUGCACACGGCUGGUUUCAAUCACGACACAAAUGAAUGCUUCUCUGUUUCUUCUCCGCGUCAAGGGGGAUCCAAUUUCUUUCUCAACAGAGGCCUCCUUUUUUUUCACCUUACGUCCAAGUGCUGGGCGUACGGGCAUCAGCUUUCGCUUAUCUCAUACCAUACCCCCCCGUUUUCUUCC